AUAUAUAUAUAUAUAUUUGUGUCAUUGUGUGUGUGUGUUUAUAUAUAAUAUAUAUGUGUUAUAUAUAUAUAUGUGUGUGUGUGUGUGUGUGUGGGACUGUGGGUGUGAAACUUUGAGUUUAUAAACAUAAUAACAUAUAUAUGGAUUAAUGGAUUAUGGAAGCUUGUAGAAAUGUAUAAUCAGUGAGAAAAAAUGGCUAGCUGGGGCUGCUGGCCUUCUAUUACUAUCUUUCUUCUUCUCCUUGAGCACUUGACCUUGCUAUUCUUCUUUGCAAUAUGUGAACUGUGAAGCUCAUGAAAAGAUAUAUAUGCAUUACCACAUAAUAAAUAUAGAAAAUUACAGAGAAGUGUCACUUUGAGACUUAUAUUAGUCAUAAGGCCACCUAAAUUGUUUUGUACACAUAAGGCCACUUUGAGGCCCAAAACCAUCAGCUCCUUUUUAUGCUAUACCUAUUUUGCCCUCAACCUUCUCUCUCUCUCUCUCGAUAAACUGAUGUUUUUGAAACAGAUCGCAUUCUCAUCUCUCUCUCUCUCCUCGGUGCACCAUCCAGUCUCUUCCGGCAUCCAAUUUCUGGAAACACCGCGCGUCUUCGAUGAGCUUUGCCUUCACCGGAUCUUCGUUCUCCUCCGCGAGUGAGUCCAGUCUCUUCUGGCGUCCAAUUUCUGGAAACACCGCGAGUCUUCGAUGAGCUUUGCCUUCACCGGAUCUUCAUUCUCCUCCGCGAGUGAGUCCAGUCUCUUCCGGCGUCCAAUUUCUAAAAACACCGCGCGUCUUCGAUGAGCUUUGCCUUCACCGGAUCUUCGUUCUCCUCCGCGAUAGUCGCUGCUGGAGAGGACCUCUGGCGUCUCCCGCCGUCCUCGGCCGAACUGGAGCGCCGAUCUUCGAUGUCGAGGACUCCUAUACCAGAAUCGGACCGAAUUGGAUUGCUUCAAUUUCAGAAAUGGCUCUCGCUGUUACUUCUUCUUCGUCUUCUACUGCAAUCUCUGCUCGGACCUUCUCCUCUGACCUCAAAGGUUUUCCUGGAAGAACUGUGCCUUUUGAGUCACUUCAAGCACUUGGAUGCCAUGUUGAUGCAGUUUGCCCCAAGUGAAAAGCUAGCAGCUCCGUGUAAUUGUUCUAGUGGCUUUUCAAUAUAGUGAUAGUAGCUUUAUGUGUCUAUGUUAGUAUCUUUUCAAGCUAAUGUCAAUAGCUUUUGUUUUCAAAUCAGUACCUCUCUGUAACUAUUAUAGCGGUUUUCCAUCAUAGCGAUCGUAGCUUUCUGUACUUAUGUUAGUAUCUUUUCAAGCUGAUGUCAGUAGCUUUUCUAUUUUCAUUUUGAUUGAUUUUAAGUUUUUUUAUGUCAAUAGUUUAUCAAAUUGGAAAAUUAGGAUUUUGUAUGAAAUUCAGUUUUCUUUAUGUUGUGAUUUCGUAUCUCUAGCAUUUGUUGUUUGAGAUUU